GAAUUUCUCCAAAACAUAUGUAUAUAGUCUCAAGUGAUCCAUCCAUCCAUCCAACCAACCAACCGACCGACCGACCGACCGGCCGGUCGGACGGACGGACGGCGCGCGCGUGUGUGGUGGUCCGUUAGGUCCUCCCUCUCCCACAAAAGUGGGUCACCCCAAGGGGCAUGCCCUUAGGAGAGAGGCUCCUAUCUUUAUAAUCACUUCACCAAGUAAAACUACCAAUGUGGUAGUUUUUCCACUUGAGAC